UCCGCGGACAGUAAAUAUAACCCCGGUUGUAGAAAGAUUAGUAUAGCAGGUUGUGUACAACAUUUGUUCAAAGGAAACAAAGGAAGGAAGAAAAUGGGUCACAGUAAAACAGAACGCACGGGUUAAGUGGGACCUCAUAGUUUCUUACGCAACCGAGCUCUCCGGUCUAAAUGAGCCUUUACAGAGCGCGUGAAAUGACUGACUCCGGUAAUCGGAGACGCGCGCGCGGUCAAUAAACGACCGGCUGGAAAAGCAGCGCCGCUAUUGUCCUCGCGCGCACGAGCGGCUCACGUGCGCAUUCUGCGUCUCGCGAUGGAUAAACUAACGCUCUGAGAAAGUGUAAUAUCUCUCUCUCUCUCUCACCCACCCCUGAGCUUCCUCAGGCUUACUCAGAGAAUGGAGUAGCCGUUAUGCUAAUCCGGUUCUAACUGGAAUUUGUCUGGAGGACGCGCGAGGCAGGAUAAACGGAGGAGAGGAGGACGAAUGUGUGUUCAUCUCUCUCUCUCUCUCUCUCUCUCUCUCAAUCUCCCUCCCGCCCUACGUGUGUGUGUGUGUGUCAGUCAGUCAGUCAGUCAGGGCGGGACUCAGCUGUCCGGUCUUUAUCUCAGGCAGUAUGUCACCGGAGUGGAAAACUUGCACGCAGUUAUGAGUGUCCCGGCCGACCGCUGAAGUGUGACACGGCAGCAGAUGGCAGCUACGCUGAGUUUCCUCCGUGCCCAGGUGGAUACUGACCUGCAGUCCAUGCAGGUGGGCUCUGUGAUGCGGAAGGUGAAGUCACGCACCUGGAAGAAGCAGCGCUAUUUCCGCCUGCAGGACGACUGCGCCACCAUCUGGUACAAGAGCAAAAAGGCGGGCAAUGCCCAGUCUACGUUCUCCAUCAGCGACGUAGAGGCCGUUCGAGAGGGUCACCAGUCCGAAGUUCUGCUCAGCAUCGCAGACGAGUUCCCACCCGAUCGCUGUUUCACGCUGGUGUUUCGCGGCCGCCGGGGCAACCUGGACCUGGUGGCCGAGUCGGCGGAGGAGGCGCAGUCGUGGGUGAACGGAGUGCGCAAACUCAUCAAGAACCUGGAGAACAUGGACCAGAGGGAGAAGCUGGACCAGUGGAUCUGUGACUGGUUCAAGAAGGCGGAUAAGAACGGAGACGGCAGGAUGAACUUCAAGGAGGUCAGAGACCUGCUGAAGAUGAUGAACGUGGAUAUGAACGAGCACCACGCGCUGCGCCUCUUUACGAUGGCGGACAAGUCGGAGUCGGGCGCUCUGGAGGACGACGAGUUUGUGCUGUUCUAUAAGAUGCUGACGCAGAGGGAGGAAGUCCUUGCCGUCUUCCGGGAUUUCUCCACGGACGGACAGACGCUCUCGGUGCGGGAACUGGAGGAGUUCCUGCAGGAGGGACAGCUGGUGCAGGACGACACGCAGCAGCACGCCAUCGAGCUCAUCCAGCGCUGCGAGCCGUCUGAAGCAGCUAAGCAGCGUCAGGCGAUGACGAUCGAUGGCUUGCUGAUGUAUCUCGGCUCAUCCGAAGGCUCCAUCUUUAACCCGGCCAUGCAGCAGCUCUACCAGGACAUGAGCCAGCCCCUGUGCCACUAUUUCAUCUCCUCGUCCCACAACACCUACCUGCUGGAGGACCAGCUACGGGGACACAGUAGCGUCGAGGGAUACAUAAGGGCUCUGAAGCGUGGCUGUCGCUGUGUGGAAGUGGACUGUUGGGACGGUCAAAAUGGAGAACCAGUCGUUUAUCACGGACACACCCUGACCUCCAAGAUUCUCUUCAAAGACGUCGUCACUGUCCUGGGCAACUACGCUUUUGUAGCAUCUGAGUACCCAGUGAUCCUGUCCAUAGAGAACCACUGCAGUGUGGAGCAGCAGAGAGUCAUGGCUCGUCAUCUCACACACAUCCUGGGAGAGAAACUGCUGAGGAACACCCUGCGGGGCAAAUCCAGCUGUGAUCUGCCCUCACCUGAGGACCUGAAGGGGAAGAUCCUGUUGAAGGGGAAGAAGAUCGGAGGCCUGGAAGGGAACCUGAGCGGUGUUGUGGAAGAGCUGAGCGACGAAGACGACCCGGCGGAAAUCGAAGAAGAGAAUCAUCACAACGGCAGUAUACGCCGCAAAAGCAAGAAAUCAGGGCAGCAUUUGUCGAAAGAGCUGUCGGACUGUGUAGUGUACUGCAGGAGCGUGCGCUUCAACGGCUUCAAACACUCGCGCGUCCACUCCAGGUUCUACGAAGUGUCGUCCUUCACCGAGUCCAAAGCCAGGAAACACAUAAAGGAAGGAGGAGCGGAGUUUGUGUUUCAUAACGCACGUCAGCUGACCCGUAUUUACCCCAGCGGCCUGAGGACCGACUCCUCCAACUUUAACCCACAGGAGAUGUGGAACGCAGGGUGCCAAAUCGUGGCUCUGAACUUCCAGACGGCCGGAGUAGAGAUGGAUCUGAACGACGGUCUCUUCAGUCAGAACGCCCGCUGUGGUUACGUGCUCAAGCCGGCGUUCAUGCGACACGCUCAUACCCGGUUCGACCCGGAACACCCGCAGAACCGAGACGGGUAUACCCCUCUCGCUCUGGCUGUACAGGUGAUCAGCGGUCAGCAGCUGCCCAAGGUGAACCUGAAGGAGGGCUCCAUCAUUGACCCGUUGGUGCGAGUGGAGAUUCACGGAGUCCCUCAGGAUCAGGCCAAACAGGAGACGCGGCACAUCGAGAACAACGGUUUUAACCCCAUAUGGAACGACAUGCUGAACUUCACCGUUCACGUACCUGAACUGGCCCUGGUGCGCUUCGUGGUGGAGGAUUACGACAAAACGUCAAAGAACGACUUUGUAGGACAGUACACACUGCCUUUCUCCUGUCUACAACAAGGUUAUCGUCACAUUCACCUCCUGUCCAAGGACGGCACUAGCAUCCCUCCAUCCUCACUCUUCGUUCACAUCAGGAUUAAAGACGCAACUUAAUACCUGAUCUGAGCAGAAACACUGUCUCGGAGGGAUAACACACACACACACACACACACUCCAAGUCUUCCCACUCAUCCGAAUGUCAUCACUGCUACCACACACACACACACACACACACACACUGAACCAUAACUGCAGCAGGUGCUUUUUAGUGUUUGGGUUUUUUUGUUUUUUCAGUUAGAAUUAUUAUAUUUUAUUGUAUAGCUUUACGCUGUCUAGACGUAUGAGUUGUAAUAGUGCGCCAAAACUUUUUUUUUUUUUUUAAAUCCUCCAUACAUUCAGGAGACAUGCGUGGAAAAAAAAAAAAUUCCAGUGUUGAUGAUUCUACAGCGCUGUGCAGUCCGAUAAGCAACAUUUUUUUUUGUUUUGUUUUGUUUUAUUUUUUUAAACAUUUUACUUCUAAGCUAUACGACUUAAGUCACAUGACUUACUGCUAGCUAUAUGACUUUAUCUGGACCAAGCAUCCUAACGUCUUGAUAUUUUAUAUAGUUAAAUGAUUAAAAGACGUUGGUUAUUCAAUAUGGUGAGAACAGUGUUGCUAGGCAACAUGGGAAUUAUGGGACCCCGAUCAUAAGCUGGGUAAUGACUUAUGCUAAUGAUCUAUCUACUUAGCACGUAGCUGUGAAGUAUUUUGUACAGACAACGGCAACAGAAACGGUAGUCACAUCGACAUUUCCCUCCGUUUUCAAUUUCUGAGGAAAAAAAAAAGACGUAUGUAAUUACACUUAGCAUAUUUUCCACCAUUUUGCGAAACCUCAUGGAACAUUGUGUGUGUUCUCAUAAACAGUGACACACAUCGUGUAUCCUUUAUUAAUACUAAUAUUAGUGCUAGUAUCAUCAUUAAUAAUCAUAAAGUCCCUAAUACUUUAUUUUCCUGCAGUGUUCUGACCUUAAGUAUUAAUAAGAUACGUGCUAAUGUUAAACUCUAUACGCUAUUGUAAUAAGUGCUGCCAGUAUGUUUCGCUCCCGAGUAGGCGGCGUCAUUGUGACCUGAGUAUUCUAAUAUUUCGUUUUUUGGUGUUUUUUUUUUUUGGACACGUUUGAGAUGCGUUCUAAUUGAGUAUGAUGUUAAUAUACUGUAAAUAAACAUUUUAGAAAACGAUAACAUAAAUAGAUCAUAUCGGGACAUAAAUACGGGCUAUGCUAGGAAAGGUUCAUAGUUUCUGCUCUGAUUUUGUAUACUCACGCAAUAGUGUUAUUAUUUUUUUUAUACGCCGUGCUGUUAACACGGUUUAUUAUAAAUGGUCCUAAAGGAUUCGUACGCCUGCUGUUUGUACAGACGCGACGCCAGGCGUUCAUGUGAUCAUUGCCACACACACAGCCGAGAAUAAAGACCGUUUUGGGUA